AGACCACGAUAUAGCUCUCUCUAUCCUUUAGAUAAACAGAGGAUAAUGGCGACGCCUUCCACACUCUCUCUCCCACCCUCAUCAUUCAUUAUCCCUCGCAAAGCCCUUCGAAACAUAAACUUUUUCCCUAUCAUUGCAAGCAAACCAUCCUUCCUUCUCAAGACCAGAUCCCUAUCCACCACGUGUCUCCAUUCACCACCACCGGUGCAAACCUUCUGGCGGUGGCUCUGUGAGCAGGGCGUGGUCUCCGAUGCUAAGUCUCCUUUGAGACCCGGCGUCGUCCCCGAAGGCCUGGGGCUGAUUGCACAGCGAGACAUUGCUCGGAAUGAGGUUGUUUUGGAGGUUCCCAAGAAGUUUUGGAUAAAUCCUGAUAUGGUAUCAGAAUCAGAGAUUGGGAGCGUGUGUAGCGGGUUAAAGCCUUGGGUGUCUGUGGCUCUGUUCUUAAUCAGAGAGAAGAUGAAAGAGGACUCUCCCUGGCGGCCUUAUUUGGAUGUUCUUCCCGAGUGUACGGAUUCCACUAUAUUUUGGUCAGAAGAGGAGCUCUCGGAGCUUCAAGGAACCCAACUUUUGAGUACAACAUUGGGUGUUAAAGAGUAUUUGCAGGGUGAAUUUCUGAAAGUUGAAGAAGAAAUCAUCCUCCCUCACAAGCAACUAUUUCCUUCCCCUAUAACAUUGGGUGAUUUCUACUGGGCGUUUGCGAUCCUCAGAUCAAGGGCAUUUUCACGUCUUCGUGGUCAAAAUCUAGUUUUGAUCCCUCUUGCUGAUUUGAUCAACCAUAGCCCCACCAUAACAACAGAAGACUAUGCAUGGGAGAUUAAAGGAGCUGGUCUUUUCUCUAGAGAACUCUUAUUUUCUUUGAGGUCACCAGUUUCGGUAAAGGCGGGGGAGCAGGUUUUGAUCCAAUAUGAUUUGAAUAAGAGCAAUGCAGAGCUGGCUCUGGACUAUGGUUUUGUAGAAAUGACGCCAAACCGCAAUGUAUUCACCUUGACACUAGGGAUACCUGAAUCGGAUCCAUUUUUUGGAGACAAGUUGGACAUUGCUGAGUCAAAUGGUUUUGGUGAAACUGUAUCCUUUGACAUAGUUCUGGGCAGUUCUCUUCCACCAGGAAUGCUUCCAUAUUUACGGCUAGUGGCACUUGGGGGAACUGAUGCUUUCCUUUUGGAAGCCCUUUUCAGAAAUUCUGUUUGGGGCCACCUUGAGUUGCCUGUAAGCCGUGACAAUGAAGAGCUAAUAUGCCAAGUUGUUAGAGAUGCUUGCAAAUCAGCUCUUUCUGGUUAUCAGACCACCAUUGAUGAGGAUGAGAAGUUAAAAGGAUGUGCAGAUCUAAAUUCGAGGGUUCGAAUUGCAAUUGAAAUAAGGGCUGGAGAGAAGAAAUUGCUGCUGCAAGUUGAUGAGAUCUUCGAGAAGCGAGAAUCAGAAUUGGAUGGUUUGGAGUACUACCAAGAAAGGAGGCUCCAGGACCUUGGCCUAUGCGGGGACGAAGGCGAAAUUAUCUUCUGGGAGAAGUAAGAUACCUUGUAGAAUGUUGUUUUGCAAAGAGAAUUUUUUGUCAAAAACGCUAAACAGAUGAUGGGAAAGAGACAUUCUCUGUAUCAAGGUUUAUCACUUAGCACAGUAUCUGCUGCAAGCUUUUAGGCUGCUGCUGCUACUACCAAAAGCACUGCAUUGCUCAGAUCUGCGUUGGGCAACUCAUUUUUUUUAUUUUUUUUGUAAAAUAAUAGAUACAUUACCAAUUUUACUGAGUUACUUUUUUGCCUUA